AUGACACACAAGCAACCCCAUCGGCAAAGCACCCACCACAAGCUCGAGACCACGGCAAAACCCCUCAUCUCAUCAUGGUCCGUAACGCCCGUCCCGGCCCUCUCCCUCUCUGCCGCCGGCCUCCUCGCCCUUGCGGACCUCAACACCGUCGCCCAGCGCACCGUCAUAACCGGCGGCUCCUCCUUGCUCGACGCCCUCGUCCUCGCCCCCGGCCUGCAGUACCAACAAGCCGCCGACGCCCUCGACCAACAAGGCCAUCCUGCUCUUUCCGCCGUCCUCCUCUCCCCCCGACCAAGCACCUCGUCGCCAACGCCGCCACGGCGUAGUACAUUCGCCGCCUGUGGCGAGCCCAUGACGCCCCCGGCCGACGCGACUUCAGCAUCCACGUCACGCGGGCCCAACGCGUCCUCCGGCGGCGCAGCUUCGCCCCCCCUCUCCUCUCUGAAGGGCAUCCUCAUGGACAGGCUGUCGCACGUGCUCUACCUCUCCAGCCCGAUACUAACCGUCGCCUGCGCCGUCGUCAUGGUCCUCCUCGCCGACUGGUGGGGCCUGUCGUUCAUCCUCGCCCUGAUGACGUCGCGCGUCCUCAACAUCUGGAGCAUCAAGCAGCGGUCCUCGCGACCGCCGCCGCCGCCGCCGCAUCCUGCGCCCGAUGAUGCGGAGGGACCGUCCGAGUAUGCGGUCGACGUGGGGGGCGGAUCGCGCAUCCUGCUGCGCGGCGCCGAGGCCGAUAUCCAGGCCGUCACGGCGCAGGUGUGGCUGCGGCGGCAGACUGCGUCGGAGGGCUUUCUCGAGGCCGCGGCCAAGCUGGCGGUGUACCUCGUGGCGGCGUUUAGCGGCAACCAGACGCAGGCGGGCGCCUUGGUCGUCAUGGCUUCGCUGCUGGUGAGCGCGGGGCUCUUGGGCUUGAGCAACGCCCAUGCGAGGGAGGUGCGUGUGAAUGGCCGGGUGGCGAGGGUGCAGGCCGUGGAAGCAGUGGCCAGGGAAGUCGCCAAGGCUGACCUGGAACAGGAGAUCGGGUUUGGCAAAGCAAACCCCCCGGAGCGUAAAGGAGCGGGCAUGCCGGUGAUGAAUCCCGACACCAUUCGUGCGGGUGGCACGUUGGGAUGGGCUAGAACGUCAUGGCAAGAGAAUAUGGCAUAG